AUGCCCUCACUCACUCUAUCAAACCCGGACAUGAUCCUGCCGUACGAAGACGAACGCCAAUCCCAAACUCCCUCCCCACCCAAAAUCGCCUACUUGUCACAUCUCAGUUCCCGCCAAUCGGACCUCAAUGUCUCCAUGUCGGCACCUGGCCGACAAAAGAAAAAUUUUUCCCGUCAUGCCUGGACACAUGACGACGUGAAUGUCAGUCGUCGUCUCUCGGAUAUCGGCGAGGAGCUGUCGCCCGCCGGAUUGGGAUUCGGCGAUUCGGACGAGCAAGAACUGGCCAGCUCACCGCUACUGCAUGACGACGAUCACAACAGGGAUAAUGCUACGUGGAGUAGCUCCAAUUCCACUAUCAGUGCGGGGAGCAGACGCGCUUCCGCUUCUAGGGAUGUGCCUGAGGCGCAUAACGAACGCAACGAAUCCCCUGUUGACCCCGAAGUCGUGAGAGCGCAAGCUACAGCGAUCGUUGGAACUGCAGGGGAUUCUUCUGUGCCAGCGAGCAACGCCGUGGCGUCUGCAGCUGCAGAGGGCAAGGGGCCCGGGGAGGAUAUUUCCUCAGCGAUAUUGAGCAGCGAGGCGGAGAGGAUCCUGGAGAAUGCGAAGAAACGGCUGAAUCUUAUGGAAGGCAAUCUCACCCGAGCCCGGUCAACAACGCGCACCACCGCCUCCCCCUCCCCCUCGAAUUCGAGCUAUAUCCAACCAAUGGGUUUGCACCAGCCUGUGGGUGGACUUUAUCGGUCGAUUUCGCGCACAGAUCCUAAGAGCUCUUCGCUGAGACGGCAGUCGCUUAUUGCGUCGCUGGAUACGACGAAUAACCGUCAUUUAAGAGGCCAAUCUGAAACAAAUAUUCCGUCUGAUUCGAGCUUGAAGAAUGACAGCAAGCGCAUCUCGCGCUCUGUCAGUGCGAUGGGCGCAAGCACUUCCUCUAGUCUUCAUACUGAUAACCGGUCCUUCCAUUAUGAACCCACGAGGGCGUAUUUGACGCACCGGUCAUCAAUUUCUUCUACUCGGCCCCCGAUACAUGUGCAUGACCAGGACCAACAAAGCCAGACCGCGCAGUCGCCUGUUCCCACCGAAGACAGUUCGUCGGACUCACCACAUGGCUUGGGCAUUUCCUCGGGCGUUUCCUCGGAGGGAUCGAAAUCAAGCCCGGAUGGUUUCAGUCCAGUCUACAGCUCCUACGGUCCUCCUAGCCGCGCGCAGUCGCAGCUUCAGGUGCGCGAUCUCCAGUAUCAAAUGAAGGGUCUUCAUAUCAAGAUCUCUUCUCUCAAGGUGAAGACCCAGGAGGAUAAUCUUCGCCGGCGCAGCUUGCAAAGUUUGCGCACGCCCAGCCCAUUGACAGCCGCUGAUCACUGGUAUGCGAAUGCGCUGGAGCUCAGAGAUGGUCAGAGCAGCCGUGGCUCUAAUCCCCGACGUGACGGCAGCUUUGAAAACACCUGUGAUGUUUCGAAUGAUAUAGCAGCGGAAGAUCGACGUAGAUCCGAUGAGCACGCCACUGGCAAUACAUCCAAACACGCUGGGAACUGGGAAGGCAAUGAGCAUGCAAACUAUGCAGACGAUCAAUCUGUCGCCGAGACCAUGUAUGAAGAUGCGGAAGAAGGUGAAUUUGAUGAGGACAUUGACCGCGAGGCUCUGGAUGAGAUAUUGCGUGAACCGCUUGACGACGACCUCGAGAACGAGAUGGAAGCCUUCCCUAACGUGCCAUCGCACCCAGAUGCGACGCCCCACGAGAUGCGCGAGGAUGCGUUUGACUAUGAACAUUUCAUUUUGCAUAGCGCACUGGGUAACUACACUCAACAACUUCGUCGAAUGAGCAGCAGCUCGAACGGAUCAGUCGCGACAAACCGGCCCCCAUACACAGCGCGACACUCCCGUACCAACAGCGGUAUGUCGGAUUCGACAGUGGCAACCUUUGCAACCGCAAACGAAGGCGAGCGUCCCGACGACGAGGACGAUAUUGACAGCGUCAUGUAUUGGGACCGACGGUUCAAUCAUGGUUCGUUCCCGCGAUCUAUUUCCCCUGGCGUUUCCGACACUAAUCCUUGGACAGAGUUGCGACACGGCCAUAGCCAUAGCCAUAGCCGUAACCAUUCCCAAUCUCAUGGCCACGGCCAUGCAAACAGCCACAACUACCAGCCAAGUCCAAUCCAAGAAGUCGAUGCCGAGGGUGAUCGCUCCGAAACACCCCGCGGAGCACGAUACGACGAAAACGGCGACACCACCCUAGUUGACCCGAACAAUCUUUCCCCUCAUAAACUUAAUGGCCGCUCAUCCUCAGCUACGGCCGGUUCUGCAACCCCAAACUCCCUUGUCUCGUCCCUCGUCUCAACUGUGCGCGCAGCAUCCAGCACCCCCAGUGUCGGUGGUAUCAACGAUGAUGAUACACAGAUGCUGGAAGCGCUGUUCAGCAGCUUGGGUAAGGUUUGUAUGGAUUUGCAGGCAAUCACAACCUCUUCGGAUCCAGAUGUGAAAGCUGCCCGUGUGCUGCGGCGCCGUCUGGAUGCUGCGCGGAGAGUGCUAGAGGGAGAGCUUGAUGCUUGA